GAGUCUGAACCCAUAACUUAACACAUAUAUUCAUCAUCAUGGUACAAUCGAAGAAGUUCAGAGGUGUCAGGCAAAGGCAGUGGGGUUCUUGGGUUUCAGAGAUCAGACACCCACUCCUGAAGAGAAGGAUUUGGCUAGGAACAUUUGAGACGGCGGAGGCAGCAGCAAGGGCAUACGAUCAAGCAGCCAUCUUGAUGAACGGACAAAGUGCCAAGACGAAUUUUCCGGUGAUGACAAACAAGAACUCUUCCGGUGACAACCACCAUUCUCCGUCAUCCCAGAUAGAGAUUCCGGUAGACACCCUAGCAGCCAAGCUACGUAAAUGCUGCAAGGAUCCAUCACCUUCACUCACUUGUCUACGUCUUGAUAGUGACAACUCGCAUAUCGGAGUAUGGCAGAAACGUCCCGGAAAAGGGUCCGGCUCCGGUUGGGUGAUGAAGGUGGAGCUUGGUGGCAAGAGAAAAGAGGGUCCUCCACCAUCUCCGGUGGUGGACGAGGGUGGUGGUUCAGGUGAUGAAGAAAUAGAUGAAGAAAAUAGGGUGGUUAUGCAGAUGAUAGAAGAGUUGCUCAACUGGAACUCCACCCCACCUUCAUUUCCCUUUGUAUAGUCGACAAUUAGUGACGCCAAAACCGUACAAUCGUCUUUUUAUGGAACUUACAAAGAAAAUUCCUCUUGUUUUCUUUAACUAUUGU